AUGGACAUGGAACACAUGAGCGUUGAGGUGGCGGCAGCAGAUACGGCAGCUGAGGUCGCGGCCGAGGCGGCUGCGGCUGACCCUUCAAAUCGGGCUCCGAAGAAAUCAAGUCAAACAUGUUCAACCUGCCGUCUGCGCAAGGUGCGCUGUGAUGGACGCCGCGAUAUCUGCCAGAACUGCGAGCGACUAGGCUUUUCAUGCUCCUUCCAGGACACAGGCUCCCCGAACCCCGAUGGUGAAAACGUGACGUCCUUCUCAUUGCCCCGCCGGCGCGUGAGACUGGCCUGUAUCAACUGCCACUCGCGGAAAGCCAGAUGCACCGGCGAGACUCCCAGACCGACGAAGCGGUCCGGCGGCGUCAAUGGCACAGGCCACCACGCCCACCAUGGCACCGACUCUGAGCAUGAAGGAUCCGUCACAUCCGAGCCGCCAGAGAAGAGAGCCAUGACGCAGAAGGACCACCAUGGUUCUCAUUACGGCCGGGCUGGAGGAUCGGAGCAGCACAGCUUAGACCUCUCCGGGGCGCCGCCCUCGAGGAGAUUCAGCCAUGAGCCAAUCGCUUUUCCAGAUGAGAGCCUUAUCCAUCGCACGUUCAACAACUUCUUCCGUCACGUGCACCACGUUCCAAUGUUCUCUUUCCUCCAUCGGGCUUCACUGAUGCAACGAUAUCAUGCUGGCAUGAUGGAUAGGGCGCUUCUGCUUGCCCUUGUGGGCAUCACCUCACUGCUUACGGAUCUAGGUCCUGGCGUGCGCGAGUACGGCCAUAGGUGCAUCGAUGAAUGCCAGAGCAUGGUCUUGCAAGACCUGGAGAACCCAUCUACCAUCAAGAUACAGGCUCUCGUACUAGUCAUGAAGCACCGAAUGCUCUCACGGAGGUUUACCAGCGCGUUCAUGCUGGCGGCGACCGCUGCACGCUUUGCAUACGCUCUUCGACUCAACUACGAGAACCCGAACCUCUGCUUCCUCGCUAGGGAAUCUCGGAGAAGACUCAUGUGGGCAUUUCUGACGAUAGACUCGGGCAUCAACGGCGGGUAUCCCGAUUUCACUCUCCUGCCCUCCGAGUCGAUGCACAUACAACUCCCGUGUAACGAACGCAACUUCGAAUUUGACCUUCCGCAAGUUACCGAACAUCUACGACCCAUCCCCACGCAACCCUUUCCCGACGACGUGGGAUCGCUGGCGCUUCACGUGCGGCUUCUGUGGAUGAGAAGUAGGGUCUUGUAUUGCACCAAGAAUGUUCUCGCCAUGCCCGAGUCGGAGGCUUUGGAGCUGCCUCAAUUGAUCAAGGUCCUAUCGGCAGAGCUCAGCGGUUUCAACGACCAUUUACCUGCCUCUUUCAAAUUUUCCGAAAGCAACCUCCAAUUGCGAGCUUACUCCCCACGGCUUUGCGUCUUUAUCAUGAUCCACGUCUGGUGGAGACAGUGUCAUUGCGACCUCUAUCGGAUUGUGCUUACUGGACUUAAAGAGGCACUGCCACGAACAAGCGUCAACCGUCUGGAACCCCAAUUCGUCUCCUUCUGCGCGCGGCAGUGUUUCGAGCAUGCUUUGGCUAUAGCAGAGAUAUUCAGGCUCAUUCUCGCACUCGAUGGCGGGCUGCCCGUCACCGAUCUCGACCUACCAGUCUGUGCUUAUCAGUGCGCGCGAAUGCUUUAUUUCGCCUACCAGAUGAACAACGGCGAGAUACAUCUGACAGCGGGCCAAGUACUGGAGCAUGCAAACAGGUGCUUGCAGAUCGCCAAAUCGAUGAACCAUCUUCCGGCGGGUGCCGCAAUUGUGGCCGAUCUUGAGAAGCUGAUCUCUCGCGGUUUAUCUGCAAGUACUACUCCCAGUCAUCCAGCUAGUCCCGACCUCGUGGGCCAAGGUGGCAUAUCUCACCAGAUGCUCUCACGACACAACCCUAUUCAACAGAUGCACCUCUUGGAUGACAGUGAGGUCUCGACAAUGCCGGUCCCGUCUCCUUCAACCCAUACGCAUUCUCCACGCUGCAACGCGAGCGGUGGCUCAGUGCUUACUCCCGCCUCGCAACCUACUCCUGGACCAUCGCAGCAGCGCCCUCGUGAUCUGCCAUUGUCUGAAAUGCCAUUUGGUGAUCCAAAUAUGCCGAAGCCAAACCUGCCACCCGUGGUACCACCAGAUGGCCUAGACAAUAACAACGCGUUCGAGGGUGCUAUGGACGGAUUCGACUUCGCAUUUGAAUCAUUUGGGAACACCGGUGUAGAUUCUGUCUCCUGGUUCUCCAAUGAGUGGCUGAACAACGAAUUCCCUCCCACAACUGUAUGA